AUGACCUGGGCGUUGGAAGCCUCACUUCUCAAAAUUAGCAAUGGAGCAUCAAUUGGAGCAGCUACUUCGAAGCAGAAUUGGACCCCCACUAAGCAUAUUGCCUGGCUGUCACAGGCGCACGACGUUCAGAUGUCGACGAUGGAGAGCGUGGAACCUAGCGUCCUGUAA